GUCCUCGGCUCAUCAUUUGUAGCACAAACCGUAAACGUGUGCGCUUCUCUUUUGUGCUUUGUUUUCACUCUUUCUUUGUCAUAUAGUCUUUAACUGAAACGCUGUUCGGUCGUAUAAACCUUAAUUUGUGUGCUUUCUGAAGUUUUUCGCUGCUUACCGCGUGUAUUCCGCGUGUAUUCGGAUCGUGCAGCCUCGGCACAUUUCGGGCUCAGUGGCUCGGCUCCUCUCGGCUUUUGUCGUGCGUCGGAAGAAUGGACGAAGCCGACUCGGCCACGAAGGCGCUCGGGCUGGAUGAACCGCCCCUUACCGGGCAGAUCCACGGGCCGCCGGGGGUAGGCUCGGACACGGAGUCGGAGGCAGAGGCACAGGCGAUGGCGGUAAUCACGGAGCCCGGAAACCUCGACAUCGGAUCCGGGUCCCUGCAGAACUCAGACGAGGCCGAGGCGGCGUUUGCAGAGGUGGCACGGGUGACUGCUGUGUCUGUGUCCAGUGUCCAUGGGGCGGAUGACAAUGUUUUCACCACAACAACCUCAGGGAGUCUUCCUGAACAUGUGCUGAGUGGGCGUACGCUGCAGCUCGGUGAGGGCCUGAACCAGAAGGCGACUCUGAUCGUGGUGCACACAGACAGCAGCAUCGUGGAGGCGGCUGGACUGAAAUCCUCCUCCGCUAUUGCUCCAGUGUGCCCGUCAGGUGCUCAGACGCCCACCACAGCCCUCUCACCUCAGGACAAACCCUCUGGCUCCAAAUACAACUGGGACCCUUCAGUUUACAACAAUGAGCUGCCAGUGCGCUGCCGAGAGACGAGCGGCAUCCUCUACAAGAACAGGCUCGGAUCAGGAGGCAAAGGGCGCUGCAUCAAACACAACCAGCAGUGGUACACUCCCACAGAGUUCGAGGGUUUGGCCGGACGAGCCAGCAGCAAAGAUUGGAAGAGGAGCAUCCGAUGCGGGAGACCUCUGCUCUGCCUCAUACAGGAUCGUAUCUUGGUCCCUCAUGCGGCUUCCUGCACUUGCGCCUCAUGCUGUGACGACAUCAUUCUGUGCGCCAAAGAAGGGGAGCAGAUAGAAUCAGAGCAAAUCAUUUUGGGUGGUCCAGUUCGUUUGUUUGUCCCGUACAAAAGGAGGAAGAAAGAUGGAGAUCCUCCGGUCAUUCCCCCAAAGAAAGAAAUGACCGUCCCCAAGAGCCUCACUCUCCAUCCAGGGACAUUCACAGUCACACCCACUGGACACAUUGCCACAACGUCAGGAACUUUGAGUUUUGAACGAGCGUCGGGAGAACCCUCUGCUCUAAACACGCCCCCCGAGGUCUUCACCAAUGCCACAGUGUUGACGGCUCUACCUGCAUUAGCCGUAGCCCCGCAACCGGUCCAGACCAAAGUGUCUCUGGGGGCGGGCUCUUCUCUGCAAGGGGCGGGUCUAUCGCACCAAGGGGCAGGGCUAACGUUAGAAGUGGGCUCGGUGGGCGGAGUCAGUCCCACGGGUAGCCAGGUGGACAAAAACACUUGGAUCUACCUGGAGGAGAUGGCCAAUACUUUACUGAGCAACGUGCAGCAGCUGAAGAGCCUGAUCGAACAGGCCAAGCAGGGAGCAGCGCUGGGGAAGGAGUCCAGGAGAGAGUGCUCCUUGAACCAGUCUUUUGAGUCUCAGCUGGGAUUUCCUCAUUCAGACGACUCAGACCCCAAGAGGAACUCGGACCUCAACGAGAUCAUUAUGAACCAGAUGUGUGUGAACUGUGGUCGCGUGGCCAUCACCGAGUGCACGGGCUGCCACAAGGUCAGCUACUGCUCCAACUUUUGUCAGAGAAAGGACUGGAAGGACCACCAGCUCACGUGCACUGGAGCUGUUCAAGUGGAGGACCAAAUCCCCUCUUUGACCAUGGACAAAGUCAAGUGACAAUUUAAAAGGAAGAAAUGGGAGCAUCAGUGUCAACUCCCACAAAAUAAGUUUCGAUGUUGUUUACAUAAAGCUGUGAUUUCCAGGUAUAAUACCUGCGAGGACCCUACAAUGUGUCUGUGUAAGAAGAUGAAAUCGAGUGUGAAUUCAACUGUAAAUGCAACACACUGGAUUGGGGAUUGGCUCAGGUUAUUGGUUAAAGGUGCACUAUGUAACUUUUCCUGCAGAGGGGGGUCUGGUCCAUGCUAGUCUCCAUGACGAUGUAAUUGCUUUGACUGAAAUGUUUCAUAGUACGACAUUAAACCAUAAACUGUAUGAAGAAGUGGACACCCAUAGUGUUCGGCUCCGGUCAAAUGAAGCUCAUUGAGUCGUAGGGGCGAAUUUGGAGCCAAGUUCCAACCUGAUUUGUCUGUUACUAAUGUUUAUACCUUGAUUUACCAAGGAAAUAGUGAAAUAAAAACACCAGGAUCAUGUCGAGCAGGUUAAUAUGAACAUUUUAAGACCAAAAUGAGGAGUCUGACAGCAGCACUUACACAGAGAGGGGCAACGCUUUUUCAAUACAAAGUGAAUUGGAGCCAGAGUCCAUGGAGCCGAAUCAGGCCCAGGUUAGCUAUGUCAAUUUACAGUCUCUGACAAAAGUCUUGUCGCUUAUCCAUUUUGUAGAAACAAAAGCUUAU